CACUUCCUUGUUCUGUUAUCAAGCGAAGUGUGGGACAACUCAGUAAUCAAAAGUCACGCAGACUUUCGCUGUAAUGUUUUUGUAUGUUUAACUCUCUGUCGUCUCCGGAAACUCUCCGACAUGGCGUGUAAGGACCCAGAAGUGGACUUGUGGACGGUUCCUCUCGUCGCCCUGAAUGUGCGCGUGAGGAAACAGCUGGGACUGUACCUUAACCCCAGGAGCACUGUGGCCCCGGACUGGAUGGCUGUAGCGGAGGCCAUGGGCUGCACUUACCUGGAGAUAAAGAACUAUGAGUCGUGUGUAAACCCCACCAAGGCGGUGCUGGAGGACUGGCAGGCCCGCUGCUCGGACGCCACGGUGGGGAAGCUGCUGUCGAUACUGUCAGACGAAGUGGAGAGGAAAGACAUAGUGGAGGAUCUGCGUCCUCUGAUAGAUGAGGAUGUCAGGAAGUAUCUUGACAACCAGAAGAAGAAGGCCGAGCCCCCACUUCAGGUCCCAGAGGUGGACAGCUGCCUCCCUCGCACCCCAGAGAGGUUCGGUAUCACCCUGGAGGACGACCCCGAGGGUGCCCCUGAGCUGUUUGAUGCCUUCAUCUGCUACUGCCAGAGCGACUUUGAGUUUGUCCACGAGAUGAUCCGCGAGCUGGAGCAGACGGAGUGCAGGCUGAAGCUGUGUGUGUUCGACAGAGACGUCCUCCCGGGCUCCUGUGUGUGGACCAUCACGAGUGAACUCAUUGAGAAGAGGUGUAAGCGGAUGGUGGUGGUGGUUUCUGAUGAAUACCUCGACAGCGACGCCUGUGACUUUCAGACCAAGUUUGCUCUCAGCCUCUGUCCCGGAGCUCGAAAUAAACGGCUUAUUCCAGUGAAAUACAAGCCAAUGACAAAGCCGUUCCCCAGCAUCUUGCGCUUCCUCACCAUAUGCGACUACACCAAGCCUUUGACACAGAGCUGGUUCUGGGUACGGCUGGCCAAGGCGCUCUCGCUGCCGUAACCAAGGACCAGGCAGUUAAUGGAGUUUUUAAACGUGCCUUUUUAUUCCAUCAAAGGGGAUUUUGGACGAUGGCCAAACAUCACAGGUUGAAGUGCUGUUGCUUGUGAUCUACAUCCUGCUGGCUUCUGACUGCACUCAUCAGUUACUGUGUGUAUACAGUAUAUAUUAUAGUGCUUCUGUAUGUGUUUCUUGAUUUGUAUAUUGUCACUAUGAAAGUCAAGCUGCACAAAGAUAUCAGCAAAGUUCUCACUUUACACAGCCAUUAUUAUGUCAGAACAAGAAUAACACAAGUUGUGCCUGGCGCUGUUUUGUAUUUAUGUGAGGUAUAUUGCAGAGGAGGAUGUGUUUGUAUUUGGGGCAGCAUUUACCAAAUGCUCAGUGAAGGUUCUGUGGAGUUUUUUCUUGUGCUGGCCACUUCCUCUUGUGAGUCGACUUCUACAAGAGAUUGGAGCUGAAGAGGAAGAGAUGUUGUGAUUAUUCCACUUGUUAAUUUUUUACUGACUGCCUUUCUCUGUCACUUUCUCUGUCUGUCACCACAAUGUCUUUAUAUAUGAUUUUGUACUUUUGAUGUGGUCUUUUUUAGAGCUGUUUUAUAAAGUGAAUUAAUUCUACCUUUGAUAAAUGGUCUGUAUUUUAUUUUCUCAAAAUAAAUUUUCACACAUUU